AUUAUUAAAUCGACUCUGUACUCACAAAUGGACGCUAUUUGUUGUAGCGCGUCUUUUCUUCCACUAAAGGACUAAAGGAAUUAAAAAACAGAAUAUUUUGCCUUCCAACAUAAAGAAAUAGUGAAGCAAUUGUCAAUACCAAGAAAACAGCUCUUUCAGUGGAAAUUUCAGGAUAAAAAUUGGUCUCUAAACUUUUAUGGAAAACAAGUAAUUUUUUCAGAAGCAAAAUAGAAACGCAGAGUAACAUUUUUUAAAUUCCAACGGACUACUGAUAAAAGAAUUAAUUUAACAUGUACAUCAAAUCCGUGGUCAUCGAUGGCUUCAAAUCCUAUGGUCGUCGCACAGAAAUUCAUGGUUUCGAUCCAGAAUUUACAGCAAUUACUGGUCUCAAUGGAACCGGCAAAUCAAAUAUACUCGACUCAAUCUGCUUUGUGUUGGGCAUUAUGAAUUUGGGCCAGGUGAGAGCAGCUUCCCUGCAAGAUUUGGUGUACAAGAGUGGUCAGGCUGGCAUAACCAAGGCGACGGUUACAUUGAUUUUUGACAACACAAAUCCCAACCAAUGUCCUUUGGGUUAUGAAAAGUGCCGUGAGAUAUCGGUAACUAGACAAAUUGUGGUUGGCGGCAAGAACAAAUAUUUAAUUAAUGGCAAAUUGGUACAGAACAAAAAGGUGUCGGAUUUCUUUUGUUCCGUUCAGCUGAAUGUGAACAAUCCGAAUUUCUUGAUUAUGCAGGGACGCAUUACCAAGGUGUUGAAUAUGAAACCACAUGAGAUUUUGUCUAUGAUUGAGGAGGCUGCUGGCACCAGUAUGUAUGAAACAAAACGUGAAGCCACCACCAAGUUGAUUGAAAAGAAAGAUGCCAAAGUGCGGGAAACCAACACCCUGCUGCAGGAAGAAGUCGAGCCGAAACUGGAUAAAUUGCGCCGAGAACGAGCGGCUUAUAUGGACUUUCAAAAAAUAUGUCGUGAUAUUGAGUAUCUGACUAGAAUCCAUAUUUCAUAUCGCUGGUUGAAAUAUAAUGAGGCUCUAAAAUCAAUAGAGGCUAAUAUUGAAAAACUCACGAAACGCAUUGAGGCGGACAAACAAAAUAUUGUUGAAAAUGAUGCUGAACGGGAGAAAUUGACAGAGGCUGCCAAGGAAUUGCAACAAAAAAUUGAUACUGAAAGUGGUGGGGAGUUAAAACAAAUCGAGUCGGAACUAGAAGUCCAAUUGCAACAUGAAGGUAAAUCAUCGGGUAAUCUCAAGGCUGGCCAGGGAGCCGUCGAUCAGGAAGAGAAGAAACUGAAGGCACUGUUAAAAAGUAUGGCCGACGAUGAGAAAAGUCUAAAAGCCAAAGAGUCUGAGAUGGCCAAGGUGAAGGAUUUAUUUCAAGGGCUUAAGGAAGCUGAUGAACGGGAUGCUCUGGCCUAUGAAGAGGCACAAAAGAAAUUUGAGGCCGUUACUCAGGGCCUGACUACGAGUGAAGAUGGUCAGGCUUCAUCACUGCAGGAUCAGUUAAUGCAGGCCAAAAAGGCAAUGAGUGAAGCUCAGACAACCAUAAAAACAUCGGAUAUGGAAUUACGCCAUUGUCGUACUGUUUUGAAGCAAAAGGAAAGCGAAACCCAAUCCAAUGAUGCAGCCUAUAACAAGGAUAAAAAUCUACUGGACAAUCUCACCAUCGAAAUCCAGGGUAUAGAACAAAAACUGCAAUCCAUCGAUUAUGAAGAUGGGGCAUUUGAACGUCUGCAGGAACGUAAAAAUAUUCUGCAUAAUGAAAUUAGACAACUACAACAACAGUUGGAUCGUCGCAAUGCCUAUCGUUAUGAGUUACAGUAUAGAGAUCCUGAACCGGGCUUUGAUCGCAGUAAAGUACGUGGAAUGGUGGGCAAACUGUUUGAUGUCAUUGAUGAAAAAAAUUGCUUGGCAUUGAUGAUGACUGCAUCGGGAAGUUUAUACAGCCAUGUUACUGACGAUGAUGUUACCAGCAAGAAAAUUCUACAGAAGGGCCAGCUGCAACAACGUGUCACAAUUAUACCCAUAAACAAAAUUUCAUCCCAUCCCAUUAGCGCCAAAGUUGUGGAGGCUGCCCAACGUAUAGGAGGCAAGGAAAAUGUGGAUUCAGCAUUGAAUUUGAUACGUUAUGAUCCCUACUAUGACCCAGUAAUGAAAUUUGUCUUUGGUCAUACCUUAGUUUGUCGCGAUUUGAAUGUGGCCAAACAGGUAACCUAUCAUCGUGAGGUACGUUGUCGUUCGGUGACAUUGGAAGGUGAUGUUGUUGAUCCGGAGGGUACAUUGUCUGGUGGUUCCAAACCCAAGGGUGGCAACAUUCUACAAGAACUUGCCGAAAUUAAACGUUUGGAAAGGGAAAUAAGAGCACGCAAACAAGAAAUGCAACAAAUCGAUAGAGAUUUAAAUAAUGUGGAGAACAAAGCUAGAACUUAUAAUAAACUUAAAGAAACCUUGGAAUUGAGACAGCAUGAGAUCAACACCUGUAAACAACGUUUGGGACAAACAACAUUCCAGCAACAUCAGGAGGAAAUACUGUCACUUAAGGAGAGAAUAAAAUCUCUUGAGGAAGAUCUCGUAAAGGCGCGAGAAACACAAAAAUCUUCACAGGCAAAGGCCAAGGAUAUUGAAGCAAAAUUGGCUGACGCCAAAGGUUUUCGUGAACGCGAAUUAAAGGCAGCCUCCGAGGCCAUGAAACAGGCCAAAAUCAAAGCCGAAAAGUCCAGUGCCAACUGGAAGAAACAUGAACAGGGUUAUGAAACAUUGCAAAUGGAAAUUGAAGCCUUGCAAAAGGAUAUCGCCAGUGCCAAGGAGCAACGUGCCACUAUAGAAGCUAAUAUUGCCAGCCUUAAGGAGGGACUGGAAGAAAUGCGGGCCAAAUCUAAAGAAGCUGCCGAGGUGGUGGCCCAGCUGAGACGACGCAUUAAGGAUCAAAAGGAUAAAAUAAGUUCGCAAAAUAAAGAACUGAAAAACAUGUAUGUAAAGAGAGAUAGGCUGGAAAAACACAACCAAGAGCUUACCUUGGACAUAAAGAAACGAGAGAAUGAGGUAAACAAGGUACGAUCCGACAGCAAAGACUCGACAAAGAAAUUGGAAAAUCUUGAAAGCAAAUAUCCCUGGAUAAAUGAAGACAAGGAAUUCUUUGGUACAAAAAAUACCCGCUACGACUACUCCAAAGAGAACCCCGUAGAAGCUGGCGAAAAAUUGUCGUCAAUGAUUGAACAAAAAGAGAAAAUGGAACGUCACAUUAAUCUCAAGGCCAUGGUGUUGCUGGAACGCGAAGAGGAGCAAUAUCAAGAGACAAUGCGUCGCAAGAAAAUCGUUGAGCAAGACAAGGAGAAGAUCAAGGACAUCAUCUGCAAAAUGGACGAAAAGAAACGUGAAAAAGUGGAAAAAGCCUGGAAGGUUGUUGAUGAAAAUUUCAGCAGCAUCUUUAGUACAUUGUUGCAGGGAGCCCAGGCUCGUCUGAAUCCAGUUAAACAAAAUGGUCAUCUAUCCGGUUUGGAAAUUAAGGUGGGCUUCAAUGGCGUGUGGAAAGAAUCUCUGGGUGAAUUGUCGGGUGGUCAACGUUCGCUGGUAGCCUUAUCAUUGGUCUUGGCUAUGUUGAAAUUCUCCCCCGCUCCUUUAUAUAUCCUCGAUGAAGUUGAUGCUGCUUUGGAUAUGUCGCACACGCAAAAUAUUGGCAAUAUGUUAAAGAAACAUUUCACCGCCUCGCAAUUUAUAAUUGUGUCGCUUAAGGAUGGUAUGUUCAAUAAUGCCAACGUAUUGUUCCGUACCAAAUUCGAAGAGGGCGUUUCAGCUGUUACACGUACCGUAAAUCCAAAACUGGGGCGUAAAUAGAGAAGUAUUAUUAGCAUUUUGUUUGAUGUUAAGUUGCAUAUGCAUGUAGAUAUAAGCACUGUUUUUUUUUAAAUAAAGUAAUAAUUUAAGAGUUUAA